AUGAACGCACCGGGGGCCUGGCUCCUGUGCCUGCUGCUGCUGGGCCUGGCCCACCAGCACUCCAUGGAGCUCCGCACCCCCGACGUCAAUCCUGCCUGGCGCACAGGCCGUGGCAUCCGGCCUGUGGGCCGCUUUGGCCGGAGAGCAGCCCUGAGGGAUGGACCAAAGCCUGGCGUCCAGCGCCCACCCGCCUGCUUCCCCCUGGCAGGAGGCGCUGAGCCCUCGCGGGCUCUUCUAGGGAAGUUGGAGGAGGCGUUAGAAGCAGAGGGGGAUGGGAAGGGUCACGGCUACAGCUGCCCUCUGUCAGACACCAUCCUCCUGGGGAACCUCACAGAGAUCCAGUGA